GACUAGACAAAUGCAAAUAUAACGCACCACGAUUGCCGCGAUCGUAUCUCGGAGUUUUAUGUUUUUGUUUUUUAUGCUGUUGUCGAUCUUAGCUUAGGAGACACCGUGCUUAGAACUUGCGUAGAACGAUUGGAAAUUGAUCAGAAGACUAUUGAAAUGUGAUUCAAGAUAUUAGCGUCCCCCAAAUAUCAGCAAUGUUCCAGCUCAGCCAUGGGUGAAAGGUGUGUUCAAUUCGAUUAUAUGGUAUGAUGCUGCUGCUUCACAAUUCACUCCUGCCGACUACCAUGUGGCUCGUGGUCAUCAUGCUGUCUUUGACAACAGCUGUCACAUCAGAAGAGCCACGCUGCAAGCCAGCGAUCCAGCUGAACAACACGAGUUCCAGUGGGCAAACGCUGCUGCUGAGGGCUGAGCUGGAGCCGUACACUAAUGGCAGUUAUCCUGAGCGCCAUUUGCAGCUUCGAUACCAGGCCCGCCCUCGCGACGUCCAGUGCAACCACAGUGACGGAUGGGAUAUUGUCAAUGGGCUGGGCAGCACACCUGAAUUCGGUAACCAGCUGGAGGAUUACCACACUGUGCACCUGGCCGGCUGCUACCAGGUGCGCUGCUGUACCAAAUCAGGUGGACCCUGCUAUAGCAGCCCUGUCGACCAACUCUGGGUAGAUGGUAUCAACUACACGCUAUGGAACGUAACCAUAUCAGCGCAACAGGUGGCCGGUACCCAGCUGAGCGUGGAGAUCACAAAGCAAAUGGACCCGUCGUCAGAGCACGACUUCUACCUGCCUGUACUGCGUGUGAUGCUUUACCAGGUGGCCCCCAUCGAGCGUUACGUCAAUUCGGGCGUCGUCGAAUUUCCGGGCAACAGGUCGCUGGUGUUUGGUCGAGACGGCGGCCUGUCGCCCGGCCCGUACCGAAUCGAGGUGCGGCCUAUCAACACUUCGUGCGGUCCCGGCGGCAGCUGCCAGGCGCGCUACCUGCCGCACAACAUCACAGCGCCCGAGGCGCCCAGCGCCGGACUGGUGGUGGCCGACCCGACCACCGGCCGCACGCUGCACGUGACACUGGGAGCGCUGGCUGCGGUGUUAACCACAUCCCUGGUGGUAUUUCUGUGCUACAGGUUCCGCUCCAGAAAGACUGUGCCUGCUGACCUGCAGAAACAGCCACUGCCGGCUUACCCGCCCUUGACAGAAUCUAUCUGCGUGUUCUUGCUUCACCGCGGUGGCGACGAUGCCAGUCUGGUCCCGGUGCGGUCCCGUCUGCGUGCCGCCGGAGUGGUGGUGUUGGACGCCGGGAGUACGCAGGUGCGGAACCUGAUGCACACCUACACCAGCCCGGCCGACCUACUCGCCCUGGAGCUCCUCCGCAACGCCAAGCUGCUGUUCGUGGGCGGCGGCAGCGACCGUCCAGAUAGGAUCAUGGCGCAGAUGUACGAAAACAUGCUCAGAUUUGUGCGUAACGGCCAGCUGGGCCUGGACUACGGCCGUGUGUUUACGGCCACGCUGAGCGGCAGUGAGGACGGUGACGAGCUGGCCGGCCUGGUGGCGGGCCGGCUGUUUCGGCUGCCCACCGACGGGCCCGCGCUGGUCGAGCACAUUCGCUGCGCCGGCCGGCCGGCCGUGGAGCGCCUCAGCUCCACCGAGUCGGACUGCGUCGACCAGCCUCCGCCGGCCGUCUGACCCGGCCUCCCACCGAAACUUGGGCCGAUUUACCGACGCGCUGUGUGGGUGCGUGAGGGAUGCAGGGCUGGAUCGUGGUGAGGAGUCAGGAGCUUUUUCGGAGUAGUAGAUCCAUCAGUUUGUUACUGUUUUUUUUUUUUUGCCGGUAUUGAGCACUGGGCAAAUCUGAUAUGUACCUUAUUAGCGUUAGUUUUGACAGAAAGGUUACUUUUUGUGUUAGUUUGAGAUAGGUAACAAAUGUGUUGAGAUUAAUGUAUAAGGAAAUAUUCUUUAUGAUCAUGAUAGAUACCUUGAAGUCAUAUGAACCUAGUUCGAUUUUGCAUGGCUUUGAGCACUGUUUUGAGAGAUUUUAGGAAAGGAAUGAUAAAUAGUGCUAACCGUACUUUCAUACUUAUUGAAAAGGUCUCUUUGAAAAUCAUUCAACCAUGAAGUUAUUUUUCAUCCUUUUAAUUAAAAAUUUAAAAAAAUCAAAUGGUUAUAUUUCAUCCUUUUAAUAUGAUACUACUUUUAAUAAAUUCCUCAACCGUCAGUCUUGAAUGUCCCUAGACCGUAAGGUUCCGAUUCUUCUAGUUCGUCUUUUUUCUUACUAGUAUGAGAGUACGGGUAACAAGAUUUAUUAUUUACGUUAUGAACAUAGGACUAUGCGACGUGCCUCUGUCAUUGUUCUUGGGGAGCGCCACGGCGGCGGUCGUCUGUAGGUUUAUUAGCACGUGCCUUUUAGCGGGUAAGCGGCUGGCCGUUCCCAGCGGCGUGUGGGCCGGGCGAGGCCGGCCGGCGUCGGGCCGGGACAGUACCUGGCCUGAACUCUGCACAUGCUCCGUGCGAGCUGACACCACCGCCGUGCCGCCGGCGCCCGUGAUACCGGUGUGUUCAGUGACUCCUGUGGGCGGCAGGCCUGCUCAGAUCAUCCAUUGUCUUCCGGACACUAAUCAGUGAUGUCAUGGUAGGAUAGCCGAUAGCACCGCAUCAGAGGUGCUUAUCAACACGGCUGACGUGGCUCUCUAUAGGGAUUUGAUACUUAUAGUGUAAUGUUUUUAUACGUCGGGUAGAUUGUCUACCAAAGUAGUACACUGAAUGAACUAUGUUGUGUUCGAAAACUAGCACACUGAUGGCAGUGCCGGUGUUGGACGCAUUUAGGUCCACCUGUGGGACGAGUGUGUCCGCCUAGGUUUUAGUACCGUGAUAGCCCGGAGGAUUGGCACUGGGCCCUGUAUCGGUAUGGUGCCAUCCCUCAUAUAUGUUUACAUACAUCGACACGGGAAUACGGCCUUCACA